UGCCGCCGCUCUCCCCUCGCGGAGCUGCGAGCUGUGCCCGUGCCUCGGUCCGCGGCCGCUCCUGUGGCGCCCGGAGACCCGCGGAGGGAAGGCAUCGCGGGAGGAGAUCGCGGGAGGAGAUCGCGGGAGGAGAUCGCGCCAAGGAUCGCGCCAAGGAUCGCGCCAAGGAUCGCGCCAAGGAUCGCACCGCGGCCGCCGGAGCAGGCGGAACAUCAGCGGCUGCGGCCGCCGCUGGCGGCGGAACAGAAGCGGCGCGGUGCGCGUUCCGCCGCGGGCCCGGGAGCAGCGGACCCGCCGGGGUGGCGGAAAGGCGAAGCUCAGCUACGGGUAACUACAGUAAGACAGCUCUGGAUUUUGUUCUUAAAUAAUUUCCAACCCAAUAAUUGCCUUAUUGGAAGUGAAUUCUUCGGGUUUACCAAUAUGACUAUGAUGUUGCUGAACAGUGCUUCCUUACGUGGUGGAUGCUGCAGGCACGAAACUUUGCUCCAGUUGCUUGGACCUCUCCUGAGCCAUUCAAAACUGUACAGCAGCUACAGGAGGCCAGGGGCAGAGCCUGAGAAAAAAACAUUGUGGCAGAAUGCUGAUUUCAGCUUAAAGAAGGGUUUUGAUGUCUUAAAGACUCAGCUAAGCUUACUGAAGGAGGAAACCCAAAAUCACUUAGUAGGACCUGAAGGCCGUCCAUUAAGUCAGUACCUGUUGGAACAGACGAGGGUGUUGUGGCAGUUUCGGAGCCAAGAAGAUUUAAAUAAAUGGGUUAUUUCCUCUGAUGUAGAGAUUGGAGGGAAAAGUGAAGUUUACCUCAAAUUGGGUAGGAAUAACCAGGGUGCUCUGCUGUACGGAACCCUCAAUACGGAAGCACCUCGUGAUGGGGAGACAAAAUACAGUGGAUAUUGUAGUAUGAGAGCUAAACCACGACUGGGAUCUUUUAGAAGGAAGAAGUAUUAUGACUGGUCAAACUUCAACAGUUUGUAUUUACGUGUCCGUGGUGAUGGCAGACCUUGGAUGGUAAACAUUUAUACAGACCCUUACUUCUCUCAUCAGAAGGAUGACCUCUACAACUACUUCAUGUUCACCCGAGGAGGCCCAUACUGGGAGGAAAUAAAGAUUCCGUUCUCCAAAUUCUUUCUCUCCAGUCGGGGAAGAGUCCAGGAUAGCCAGCAUCCUAUCUGGCUAGACAAGAUUAGUACCCUUGGAUUCACAAUCGGAGAUAAAGUAGAUGGUCCGUUCCAGCUGGAGAUAGAUUUUAUUGGCUUGUUAAAUGACAGAGCUCAUACAGAAGAAUUUGCCUAUGAAAUGUAUGACAAGAAUACUCCAGUCUAAGGUGGGCUGGUCUCCUUUGGGACAUUCUUCAGAUAUUUGGUUCAUUUUUAUAAAAUACUUCUUAACAUGUGGCUUAUAACAACUUGAAGAUCCUCUGUAAACUUUAAAGAGAUAAGUGCCUGAAGUGUGACACCACUGGCAUCUUGAAGCUUCCAAAUACAGAAUCCUGGAAAGACUGUACAGACAUUUACUGCACAUAGCCUGAGGGGAGUUGUGAUGUGUUCUUACGAAGUAGUAACUCUUCCCUGGGUAAGUUUUAGCUUCCAUCCUGACCCUUACUAAAAUAAAAAGUAUUUCAUGAGUUUGUUGCAGUUAUUUUUUUGUACACCACUUUCAUUUUAUACAUUACAUGGUUUGCUGACAGUUGUAAAACACUUGAACCUGCUAGUUUUAAACCAAAAAAAAGUCUGAUGAGAAUUUAUCCCCUGAGGACUGGUGCUUAAGUGUGACUCAGCUGCUGAAAUUUACAAACGGCAGCACCAGAAGUGGAAAAGACUGAAGUAUUGCAACCUUUAGCUUUGACUCCUCGGGAUAGCUAAAAAAAGAAAAAUCUGCUGCUGCCAAGAUUGAAACAGUAGCUAUGCCGCAGGCUUGGGUUUUCCUUUAGAGCUCGUGAGGAUAAUCCUACAGCGUUACAGAGCUAAGGUUGUUGGAGAGAAGUAAUGCUCUAAGGGAGGGUUGGGAGGAAAUCCCCAGCACUGUCUGCUCCCUGAGGAGUCACAGCUUGGUUUGAGUAGCACCAUUACAGGGCAGAGCAGCUCACACUUCUGAUAUGUGCAAUUAGCCUAACUCACCUCUGGUGCAAGAAGUCACAGCCUCAGCUGCUGGCACAGAAGCUCAAUACCUCCUUUUUUCCAAGAAGUUUAAUUUUCAGUAAUUCAAGAAACACUUUACAAAAUAAGUGCUGAAUGGUCUUGUUUCAGCUGUCACAAAUUUAGUCUAACCAAGCACUGACCUUCUCCACUUAAUAUAUAUAUACUAAAUAUAUAUAAAGUAUAUUUUUGAAAUAUAUUUUACAAAUAUUAAAUGUACCUGUGUUUUAUAUGGGAGUGACCACAAUAAAGCAAGCUGAAACAAUAUCUUGUACUAUCAUUUUCCUUUUGCACAGAAUUCAACAGCUUAAGUGCAAAAGAGGAGCGAGGGUUAUUAUUUCUAAAGAUACCAGACCAAACAUGCUUUCAUGAAGUGGUAGGCAGGCUGGUUGGUAAGGAAAACAUGACACAAUGAAAGACAUGGAGUAGUAAAUACAAGUGUGAACAAAACUACUGCUACACUAAGGAAGCAGUUAUAGAUAGUACACUAGAUGAUAUAACCAUUGAAAACACGAUAUAUACAAAAUAUUUUCUUCCCCAUUAACUUCAUUAAAAAAAUUGCUUGUUCUUGACAUGGCAACAUAUAUUUGAUAGGACACUAAAUUCAGUGAAACAUUUAUUUGGUCAAUAUCUGAGAUUACAACUGGUAAAUUACUCUUCCAGUUCUAUCCAUAACAAAUCCAGAAAGCUUUUCUAUGUAUUUUUUAAAAGUAAAAACAACAACUGCUUUUAAAUCUAAGGUAUUGAAUGUGCUCCAACACUACUACGAUCUCUUUUAAGCAUCACAGGGAUGAAAAGCAAAAGAAUUUUGUUAGCAUUGCUAUUUACUAUAGAAAGGAACAAAACAACCUUAACUGUUCAAAGCAUUCAGUUGGUAAUUUGUAAAUUCUCAGUUGUGACUUUUUUUAAAAUAAGAUAGCUUAUAAUUACGUUAUGCUGCAAGCUUUUAGUUUUCCAGAGAGUUUGCAUAUUUUUCUUCUUUGAAAUUCUCUACUAUGCCGUAAGCAUGCAAUUAGAAAUGCUGAAUAAUUGCUGUAACUUUUAGAGAAUUUAAGGAUUGAUCUGGAGAAUAGGUAUCUCCCAUUCCUGUAAUUUACAAGUGGAACAUUUUGAUGCUUGCUAUCCAAAGCCUGCAUUCUAGCAGGCAACAAAUGCAUGCUGGUGCAGAAGUCUGUUCUGCAGGGAGGCUUCUUGAGCAUCUUUUUUUCACUUACAUUUUCUUCUUUAACAUGUUCAUUUAAAUUAGUUGAAACACUAUGAAGCAACAAGAGAGAGGUCUAAGCUCCUGAAAGUCUAGAACUCUCAUCUCACUGGAGAAGUUGAUCACAGAAAUAUUAUGCUCAGAUACAAGGUCUCAUGAAUUGCUCUCUGGAUUCCGCUAGCUGAUAGCAACCUGAACCAUACAGACAGCACAAUUAUUUACAUGACAGGACCGGUAUUUACAGUGAUUUCUUAGAUACUUCUUAUUCAUCCUAACACACAGAUACUCCUCUACGGUUUCCGAGAGCCUGAGCCUUUUUCUUUUUUCUCUCUUGCUCAUGUUUCUCACGCCUUUCUUCCCUAAAGGGGAAAAAGAAGAGAGAUGGACCAUAUCAAGUUAUAUUAAAGCUAGAGACACAAGCAACCAAAGGAAUCUGAAACUGACUGGGGCUUAAUACUAUUUUUAUCAGUGUGCUGCAUUUGCCAUAGCUAGAGAGAACAGUACCGUUUGGGACUGAACACACAUUCAGGCUAAUACUUCUUAGACAUAAAGGUCUAACAGUCAAGGUAGCAACAUGUCUGUUGCCAGCUUCUUCCAAGGUGAAGGUAAAUCUCCAAACACUAGAACUGAUAACUGUCAUGGAAAAUAAAGUCUAACAAAUUCAGAGCAGCCAUCCUUGCUGGCCUUCCUGAUAUUGAACAGUCAUUGGAAACCAAAAUAGCUUUAAUACGAAAGGAUUGUUUCCUGCACUGUAUAUUUAAAUCUCAAGAAGAAUGAGUCAUAUUAUUUUAAGUAACACUACUCAUACAAAGACUAGUGGUGUACAAACCUUGUCUGGAGAUGCGGCUGUUUGUAAUCUUUCUUACGUGAAGAGAUAUUGCUACCACCAGACUUAUUGAGGACAGUGUUUUCUUUAAAUUCUCCCCACGGUUUUAGUCGUCCUACAAUUUAGGGGCAAAAAGAGAAACUACUUUACUAGUUUUGUAACUGUGUGUUUAACUUCUUAUCAUGAAUUUUAUCCUAGCUAGCCUGUUUUUCGCUGUUUGACUUGAAGAUGAAAUGCAUUUUCAAGCUGCAUUAUCAGUUUCACCAGCCCAUUCCCUACAAGUAGUCCUUCUAAAAGUAGAAAAAGAUGACUGCACUUAGAACUCACCACACAGAGUUCAGCUUCUCAAAUAGUGCACUUCAAAAAAAAAAAAAGUCUAAUUAUGUAAGGAAUGUUUCCUAUUUCUUGUACAUAACAUCAUUCAGUGGAACACAAGGAUGCUUAUUCUUGUAUUGAUGGGCUUUUAGUCAUAAAGUCUUAAUCUUCAGUAGCAAAGCUCUUGAAGCAUAUGUUAUGUAGAAAUCUAACAUCAGUCCACAGACUGUGUGGGAAUCCAGAGAGAAAGGAAAAGGGACAGGAAAAGAGACUAUAAACUUUGGUAUCACAAUUUGUAUCAAUGCCUCCCUGAGUACUCCCUGCCAGCAGCUGAGUCUAAGGGGUGUGACCAACAGGAGCUGCAAAGGAUCACAGUACCUUUAUGUGGCUGAUACCGAAGUGGCCUCGAGAGACUUGCUUUGAGAUCAAAUGUCUUUUUUGCGCUUGGGGGUUCUGCAGAUUGAGCUCCAAACUUGAAGGGAGUGAUAACUACAAAAGGCGUCACAAUAUUGUUAUUAUAGUAACAAGAGAAAUGCUGUACACACAAAAGUUGGGAAGUGCCUGUGAAGACCAUCUUACAAUUAUCAAGACCAAAGAGCCAUUAAAUGCUACUGUCUGCUACCUCUAACAAUAGAAUUGCACAAAUACAGCUUGCCUGAAAUAGGGAGUUUCCAGGUUUGGAGAGGGCAAGAGUUGCAGAGUACUAGCCUUUUUGGUAUGAUUAUACUAUCCAAGAGCAUAUGCAGCUUCAUCUGUUUUGCUAAUACUUCUGAGCAAAUUGUGUUUCCUAGUCUCUAUGUGGAACUGGGUGGCUUUUCACAUUAAACAAAGAAGCAUUCCUUUGGAACAGAUCAGCUUCAGAUCAGCAUGGAGCUUUGUUUUCCCCUUAAAAACAUUAAUAUUGUUACAGAGCAAACCAAGAAGCUCUGGGUUCUUGGCCUGUGCCAAUAGGCCAGUGAUACUAAGGAUAUCAAUGGCUAGAUAGUGGAGCUGUGCUGGUGCAAAGAUUCUUAGCAAUCAGAAGACUUACAGUUUUUCUAAGUUUUAGUUUGGGAGUUAAUCAGAGUUUCUGAGGCUGGUUGUCCUAAAACACAGCUAAAAGCCUAAGGCAUGCUAACUCCACAAGGAGAAUGAGAUCUCUGAGAAGGCAUUGGGAACUCCUGUCACCACAGACAGGGUCUCCCUGUAUCUGCAAUAUCAGUCUUUUGCUAUGUAGUCCCUAAAGGUCUAGAUGAUUUACUAUCCUGUUUUCUAUAGGUAGCCAGGCACCGUAUGUUUACGUCUUGGCACCCAACCAUUUUACUCAAGCCACUGGAAAACAAAUGAAACAAAACACUGCAGUUUCUAAAGAACCAGUCAUAAAAUAGAGAAUUAAAUUAAGACCUAGGACUACAUGACAUUGUGUUAUUAAAAAUUUAUAUAAUAAUUCACUAUGACAAAAGUCUUGAUCUGAAAGAGCCAAAUAUUCACCAUCCACUUUACCCUUUGGUGCAGCCAGAUCAUUAUUUCCCUUGCUGUUUUUCUGACUUAUUGGUUUGCAGUUCUUUUGAGUGUCAGGUGUGCAAAUCUCCUGCAUGUAUGGAGACAUUCGAGAUGGAGUCUUGGUAAGAGAGCGUUUGUGCUCAUUAUCUUUUGUGGCUUCUGAGAACCUGAAAAUAGUUAGAAAUAUGAAGACAAAUUUAGUCACCUACAAGGAAUGUAAGCAACGUGCCAGAAUACAGAAAGUUCUGCAUUCUGCUUUUCUUACAUAUAUAAGAUAUUCUUGCAUAUAUAAGAUAUUCACAGCUUAUGUAUCAACUGCACUAAAAUGCCUUCCUGGUAUAACAGUUUUCAAGUUAUGAGCCAUCAUCAAUAGCAGUAAAGGAUAUUAGGAAUUACAAAGAACUCGAUCGCUUGUUAUUUUGGAGAGCAAAUGUAUUUGGAUGCCAUAAGACAGUAGAUUUCUUCACCAAUAGAUAUGAUUUACUUUAUAUUUGGAUUCUGUAGUAAAGCAUUACAUGUCACUAUUGUUAGUUUUAAAAUCCAAAUUAAGAAAGAAUAUUAACAGAAUGCUGCAACUCAAAGAUCUACAAGAUGAAGCUCAAAAUUUUAGUCAGAACACACGUUACUUGCAUACCAAGAUGCACGUGCAUGCUGCAUGCAUAUGUGUAUAUACACAUUUUUCAUGUGUAUGUGUGAAUACACAUGUAUGUGUACACAUACAUAAGAAAGAAAAUUCAAAAUCUUGCACGCAUGAAGUAACACCCUUAUCAAAAAGGUACUGAGAAUAAGCUAAAAGCCUGCAAGAUUUGGAAAGACAGUGAGUAUAUGUUGAAGAAGGCUAUGUUUUGUGGGCUAGCAAGUUUAUGAUGAAGUACAGCUUGCAAGAUCCACCUCAGUGCAUCUUUGGAUCAAUGGAUUACAUAUUGCUAAGCAUCAACGAGGGCUGCAGUGGAGACAAAGAUCAUCCAAUAAGACACUAGAGGGGGAAUGGUUACUUUUUUCAUUUGUUGUUAUUUACUGAAAUCAAAAAGAGGACUUUUAAAGUAGAAACAAAGCUAGUAAGUUUAUAAACUUGAUUUUGACCUUUGAACAGCAAAAGACCUGCAUUCCAGUCACAUAAUUCUAUAUUAUCAGUUAUCAAUAUUAGAAGUUGCAUUGUCUGACUUCACAAUAACAACACCACAUACACUUUAUUCAGGGACAAAAAGCCCCAGCAGCUUUUUGCCCCAGCAUUGGCAUGCAAAAGUUGAAAAGUGAAGGUCAUCAGAGAAAUGGACAGUAACACAACCAAGACCUGAGAACAACCAUGUAUUGUUAGCAAGGGAGAAUGUCUAAUCAGAACUUCAGUCACUGUGGAAAGUUUAGUAAAAUGAUUAAAGUCAGAAUUCGUAUAAUAGUUAAAAAUCAACUAAGGAAUAGUACAGACAAGGACUCACUAAAAAGAAAACCAAGAAAAAGGACAUUUGUCAAUGCAAUACCAUAAAGUCUGUCCUUUUGAUUCCUUCUUUUAAAAGGUUUCUUGAUUAAGACUUCAGUAAAUUUUAUUAGCUUAUUAAUAAUUUUUCUGAUAACAAGUUCACGAAACAAACAUUAAUAGAGAAUUAGAUUACUGUGGAGGAAUAAUGACAUACACAUGAUGUUUUAAAAGGAAACGAGAUAAGAUAGUAGCAUUGAGUAUGAGUUCAUUCAUUUAGCAAUUCCUCAUGACUUACUAGUAUGAACUUAGUUCCCAUCUGCUAGAAACAAUCUGCUUAUAGUAGUCAAUCACAAGACAAUCCCUGCUGUGACAGUGAGAGGGAGGGGAAAUAGAGGACAAAAGGAAGUGAGUAGAUAAAAACCCUAAAUGCUGAGUCCAUUGCAAGACUCACCUGGAGUACUGAAUACAGUUCUGAUUAAGAAAUCUCAAAGAUAAAUUAAUUUAGAUAUAACAGACACCAAUAGGUUGUCUGACAAAAUGGAAAACCUAACACAGUAAGAAAAAUAAUUUGCUUGCCUGGUUUAGCAAAAUGGAAGCUGAGAUGUGAGAUUCUGCUGUCAACAGACAUAAAAACGAAGAAGGAAGAUAGUAACAGCACAGUAAGGCUUAAGCCAGCCAUAAUGCUAGGCUAAAAGUUAGUAAUCAGAAUUAGUCUUGCACAGUUCAUGUUUAGAAUAGAAAUAAUAUAGUAAAAUCACAGUCAGUGUUAAUUAUUUCAUGUGUAUUGUAUCAAAUGGCUUGCUGUUAGUUUUGUUUUGUUCUUUUUACCUGACAUUCAUUUUGGAUGUUGAAAGAACAUAAGGAUUAAAUGAAGAUUUCUGGGAUAAAAUACUCCGAUUUGCAGCAUUCAGGGAAUUGCGUGGUGAGCGCCGAAGGUUACCAGGAGUGCAGGUGGUAGAGAAUCUACCUCUUACAGGAUUUGGGCUGAAUAAAAGUGCUUUGCCACUGGUUCGUUUCUAGGGAAAAAUCAAAUAAUGAGUUACCAGACUCUGCUAAAAAUUUAUCUGAAAAGCAGUCAAGAGGAAAAUACACAGCGAAUCAUAAGCAUAGCCUCUUCAGUUUUUUUCCCUUUUCUCUCUUUAAACGCAUAUUUUAAACAUAAAUAGUUUUAUUGUUUUUAAACUGAUCCUGAUCCGAAAACACAUACCUUAGAACUGUUAUAUGGAGUUCCUUUUCUGAUGCUUUUAAGGGAUGUUCAGCACCUGCCAACAGUAAUCUGUCUCAAGUAUGCAUUGAUACAUGUAUGCCAUAAAGAAACGUAGUGCUCAGGAGUUUCAGUGUUACUGUUUUGAUAUGGACUUGGCAGUGCUAGGAUAAUGGUUGGAGUCGACAAUCUUAAAGGUCUUUUCCAACCUGAACAAUUCCAUAUCCAUUGACAUAUUUAUAUAUUCAUUGAUGCAUUACUGUCACUUCUCUAGGGUCUGCCACACUUGCAAGAGGCCCUGUUAGCAGCUUUGACCCAUGCGAGGGUUAAAUGUAAGAAGUGAGUGUCAGGGACAUUAAGAACAAUAUAUAUUGCAUAUAUUUCAAAGGAGAGUUAUAUGCAGCCAUUGGACAAUAGUUCUUUAAGGCACAAAAGACGAAAUGAAUAUUUAAUUCCUGCUCUUUGAAAGACAGCCUAUCCCUUUGAGUUAAGUUCCACAGCAAUUCAAACAGUUGUAAACAAAAGCUCCAGGAGAUCUUCCACAGAAGUAGUUGUGACAUAAUUAUUUUAACUCCAAACAAACAAGUUAUUUGUUGGUUCCUAUAGCUAUACACUGUUAAUAUAUAAAAAGUUAUAUAACAUAUGUAUUUGAAGUGCUGAGGCCUGAACAACAGGCCCUGAGCCAGAGCUGACCUCUAGAUGAACCUUCCAACCUAAUGUUAUAUUUAGUUAUGUAUCUGCUUAUUAGCCAAAAUUCUGUAUAAUCAUUAGUAAAAUAUAUAGUAUGAUAAGACUACAUCUGUGUAGACAUGUAUGCUUGUUAGUAAGAUAUAGGUAUCUGCUUAUUAGCGAAGAUUUCUAUCUAUUCAUUAAUGAAAUAUGAAUGUAUCUAUGCUUCUGAAUUUAGAGACUCGUCAAGGCCAUGGAAGUAGAUGGCUGGCCUUGUUCAACAUUAAAUAGUACAAAUUGACUCCCUUGAUUUUUCUCUGAGCCCUGGCCAGGCUUUGGAUGAAACCCCAGGAGAUAAGAAAUUCAGAUGUUUUUCCGCACUAAGCAGUGAUGUAAGCAUGUUUGUUUACCAGUAUAAAAGCUUUUUUCACGAGCCCUUUUCACAGUGAAGAUGGAAGCCUCACCUACGAGUAGACGCACUGCGUAGGAUUUCCCAGUUACCGGGAGUGGUUCUCCAACCCUUCGCUGCAAUUGGGGCUCCCCAGCUGACAUGUGGAUCUGGAUGAUGUUGCAUUAAAGGGUAACUGGUGAUGUAUCUUUCUCAAUCACUAUACACACUCUUUGUAGUAAUGAUCAGGUGCAUUGCCAAGCUUAUCCUUUUGUAAUUCUUUGCUGUUUUGAACUACAGUAAAUUUAUACACUUGUUCUUUAAA